UUAAAACGUGCGCAAAGUAGAAUGCUAUAUAAUCCCGUUAAUUUAAUUUUUUGAAAAAGAGCCAUAGAGGUCUCAAUUCCUUCCUCUCUGACCCGAGUUAUUGGCUAUGCGUGAUGAACUUUCUCCGUUCCGGCUUUGCUUCUCUAGCACACGAUACUAAUAAAUUGAAUCGACACCUACGUUUUCACGUCAGCGAAACAUGGAGGACCCAAAUCUCAAAAACUAGAAGUCUGGUAGCUAAGUCCCGUUUCAAAAGUACCCACAUAAUGUUCGACGAUUCUCCCCAAAGACACUUUCUUAUUCGAAAUUUAAAUUCUUGUUCGUAUCACACCAUUUCUCAUGAAGAAUCUCAAGGUGGACUUACCCACAAACAUAUUAUUUCUUGGACGGCUACUAUUUCUAGCUUCGCAAGUAGUAAUCGCCCAGAACAUGCUAUUGAGAUGUUUAAACUAAUGCUUUUAAACGAUCAGAAGCCAAACUACGUGACGCUUCUGAGUGUAAUUCGCGCUGUCAGUGCAUUGGGUUGGGAAGAUAGGACUUGGGCAAUUCAUGGCUUUGUGAUCAAACAUGGGCUUGGCUCUGAAGUUUCUCUUGUGACGGCCUUGGUGGGUCUCUAUUCUCUCCACGAUAUGGCAAUGGCGUGGGAACUGUUUGAUGGGACACCCGCGAAGGAUUUGGUUCUCUGGAGUGCAAUGAUUGCAGCAUCCUCAAAGAACGGCCAAUCUAUUGAAGCUGUUGAGAUUUUCCGACAAAUGCAAUAUGAAGGUGAGGAACCUAAUCACAUAAGCAUUGUCAGCGUUCUGCCUGCUUGCGCCGAUCUUGUUGCUCUGUCAUUGGGCAAACAGAUACACGGAUACUCCGUAAAGAGAGAAUUAUCUCUGUUUACCAAUGUUCAGAACUCACUUGUGGAUAUGUAUGCAAAAUGUGGGAAACUAGAGGUUUCAAUUUUGCUUUUCAAUGAGAUUGUGAAUAAGGAUAUAGUUUCUUGGAACACCAUGAUUUGCAGGUGUUUGGGAAAUGGUUUGCCUCUGAAAGCAUUGGAAUUUUUUUCAAAAAUGCGAUCUUCUUGCUUGGAACCAAAUGAAGCUGCCAUUAGGAAUGCUUUAGGAGCUUGCUCACAGUUGCGUAAACUUGACUAUGGGCUGGGAUUGCAUUGCUAUGUGAUAAAGGAUGGGUUUUUGUCUCUUGUUGCUAUUGGGACUGCUCUUCUAAGAAUGUAUGCCGAGUUUGGGGAUGUCAGUUCAGCAGAGACUCUCUUUUCCCACCUCCAUGAGAAAGAUCUUAUUGCCUGGAGUGCCAUGAUCUCUGUUUAUGCUCAAGCUGGGUAUCCAUACCAUGCACUGGACACAUUUAAACAGAUUCAAUUAGUAAAUGUAAAGCCUAAUGAGGUCACUUUGGUUAGUUUGUUACAAGCAUGCUCUUCAAUGGGAGCUCAAGAACAUGGGAAGAGUGUACAUGCCCACACUGUUAGACUUGGUUACUCAUCCAAUGCGUAUAUAACAUCGGCUUUAAUUGAUUUAUACUGCAAAAUUGGGAGGCUAAACCAAGGAAAAGCCUUGUUUGAUAAACUUCCAAUCAAAGAUCUUAUAUGCUGGAGUUCAAUGAUAAAUGGGUAUGGGGUGAAUGGGUGUGGUAAAGCGGCCCUUGAGACUUUCUUGGAUAUGUUGGAGUGUGGGACAAAGCCGAAUGACAUUGUUUUUGUUUCGGUUUUAUCAGCGUGUAGUCACUGUGGUUUGGAAGAUGAAGCUUGGAAUUGGUUUUAUAGCAUGGAAGAAACAUAUGGUGUUGUUCCUAAUGUAGCACAUUAUGCUUGCAUGGUAGAUUUGCUUAGUCGUCGAGGAAGAAUUGAAGAAGCUAUUGGAUUUAUUAAGGAGAUGCCAAUGCAACCAGACACAAGCGUUUGGGGAGCCCUGCUCACUGGUUGCAGGUUGUCACAGGGCCCUAUUGAGGUUGCAGAAUUUGCAGCCAAACAUCUUCUGAACUUGGACGCACUAAAUACAAGUUAUCAUGUUAGCUUGUCAAACCUGUAUGCUGAGCAUGGUCGGUGGAGAGAUGUGGAGAGGCUUAGGAGGUUGGUGAAAGAGGAGGGAUUGAGGAAGACUGCGGGAUAUAGCAUGGUUGAAGCAAAUUAAUCAGUAAAGUGGAAAGUUUAUUCCCUGUAAAUUAAUUUUUUUCCUUUUCUGAUAACAAACUACAGCUCUGAAAGGCGAAUGGCUUAUAUUUUUUUCUCAUCUCAUAUCAUUUAAAUGUGUGGGGAAUAAGUUGUUGAGACUUCUUAUGGUAUAGUGAUCAUUUUCCAUUUGACCUUCAAAGAUCCUAUUAUAAGUUCAUCAUGAUA